UCGGCUGCCGCAGACAUGGAGGCCAACUGGACCGCGUUCCUGUUGCAGGCCAGUGAAGCUUCUCAUCACCAACAGCAGGCAGCACAGAACAGCUUGCUGCCCCUCCUGAGCUCUGCUGUGGAGCCCCCAAAAAAGAAACCGUUGCUUCCAAUACCAAUAACUCAGAAACCUCAGGGUGCACCAGAAACAUUAAAGGAUGCCAUUGGGAUUAAAAAAGAAAAACCCAAAACUUCAUUUGUGUGCACUUACUGCAGUAAAGCUUUCAGGGACAGCUAUCACCUGAGGUGCCACGAAUCUUGUGACACAGGGAUCAAGUUGGUGUCCCGGCCAAAGAAAACCCCCACCAUGGCGGUUCCCCUUAUCUCCACCAUCGAGGACAGCAGCCGAACUUCGUUGGUCUCAGCUAUUGCAGGCAUCUUGUCAACAGUCACUACAUCUUCCUCGAGCACCAACCCCAGUAGCAGUGCCAGCACCACAGCUAUGCCGGUGACCCAGUCUGUCAAGAAACCCAGUAAGCCUGUCAAGAAGAACCAUGCUUGUGAAAUGUGUGGGAAGGCCUUCAGAGAUGUGCACCAUCUCAAUCGGCACAAGCUCUCCCAUUCAGAUGAGAAGCCCUUCGAGUGUACUGUUUGUAAUCAGCGCUUCAAGAGGAAGGACCGGAUGACUUACCAUGUGAGGUCUCAUGAAGGAGGCAUCACCAAACCCUAUACUUGCAGUGUUUGUGGGAAAGGCUUCUCAAGGCCUGACCACUUAAGCUGUCAGGUAAAACAUGUCCAUUCAACAGAAAGACCCUUCAAAUGCCAAACGUGCACUGCUGCCUUUGCCACCAAAGACAGACUGCGGACACACAUGGUGCACCAUGAAGGCAAGGUAUCGUGUAACAUCUGUGGGAAGCUCCUGAGUACAGCGUAUAUCACCAGCCACUUAAAGACUCAUGGGCAGAGCCAAAGUCUCAACUGUAAUACAUGUAAACAAGGCAUCAGUAAAACAUGCAUGAGUGAAGAGACCAGCAACCAGAAGCAGCAGCAGCAGCAACAACAACAUGUGACAAGCUGGCCAGGGAAGCAGGUAGAAACACUGAGACUGUGGGAAGAAGCUGUUAAAGCAAGGAAGAAAGAAGCUGCUAACCUGUGCCAAACCUCCACAGCUGCUACGACACCUGUGACUCUCACUACUCCAUUCAAUAUAACAUCCCCUGUGUCAUCUGGGACUAUGUCAAACCCAGUCACAGUGGCAGCUGCAAUGAGCAUGAGAAGUCCAGUAAAUGUUUCAAGUGCUGUUAACAUAACCAGCCCAAUGAACAUAGGGCAUCCUGUAACUACAACCAGUCCAUUAUCCAUGACCUCUCCUUUAACACUCACUACCCCGGUCAACCUCCCCACCCCAGUCACUGCCCCAGUGAAUACAGCACACCCUGUCACCAUCACAUCUCCAAUGAAUCUGCCCACACCUAUGACUUUAGCCACCCCUCUCAACAUAGCAAUGAGACCUGUAGAGAGCAUGCCUUUCUUGCCCCAAGCUUUGCCUACAUCACCGCCUUGGUAAACAGUAUUAUAAAAUCAAAAUAUGGGUUAAAGUAAAUAUUUACCAGCAACUUAACUUUUAGUUGAUUAAAGCAAAAAGUAAACCAUGAAAUUGGGAGAUUUUAUUACAUCAGUUAAUAAGAAUGUGGUAGCAUUUUUCUCCAAUUUGGCUGGGAUUAUUCAAAGUAGGGUGUGUAUGUAACUUAUCACUGGACCACUUUAGUUUAAUCAGAAAUUCCUUUGAGCUGACAACAUUGCUUAAACAGGAUAGUAGUUGGCAAGAUGAAAUGCCAGAAUUAAAAGCAAUCAUAAAUAAGUAGAACCCACUUCAAAAUAGAAACAGCAUUACUAUUUCUAAUCCCAAGAAAUCACUUUAUUCUGAACAAUAGCGGAACUCUUCUCCUUAUACGAGGGUGGAUGGCUGAUUUUAACCUGAAAUUCUAAAUCCACAGAUUGAGAGCUAGUAUAGAAUUGUCUAUGUUUAUUGUUUUUAUGAGUAAAUACAUGCAUUGUCAUAAUAAAAUGCAUUUCAGAGAAUAUGCAUUUUACCUUUGGGAAUAUGUUAAUUUCAGGCAACAUUCCCUAUGGGAAAGGUGAUACCAGCUCUGAUAUGCAAAGCAUAUGAUAAUUUAUCAUUCUAACUCCAACAUAUAAUAGGGAUUGUGACCUGAUAUUUGGAGAUGUAAAUAUUGCUCAGCAUAUUAAUCCUGAUGGAAUAUAGCAUUGUAGUUGACUUUUAAAAAAAAAAAAAAACAUAAAAAAAAUUCUACAAAUUGUGUUUUGCUAAGAAAAGCCUCAACUAACAGGAGAAGUCAAGUGUGUGGACAGGCAGGCUCCUAACAAACAGGCUGAUGGGACUCCUGUUUAGGAGCCAAAGAGUACUUUGGAACAGUUCAAAUAUAUUGCUUUAAAUUGGAAGACGCUGGAGGCACUGGGAUGUGAUAUGCCCCUCUCUCCCCCAGUCAGAGCCUGUUGAUGUUACAACAGGGACAGAUGUGUUAGUUGCUCACUAGAUUUUAUGUCUUAUAUUAAAUUGUAUACAGUUUUUAUUCUAACCACUAACUAGGUAGUAUGCCCCUUCAGAACAUGCAGAGUGUAUCUUUUUUUAAAUUUCUCCUUCCGUUUCUUAAUCAAGUAUCAUGCAGAUUUGUUCAGCUUUGUAAAUAUGGACAUCACUUUUUUUUUUCUUUGAGAAAACACUUGUAUCAGCUUUGUGGUGUUUUCAGGGUGACAGCUCUCUGUACUCCUUGUAGAAACCCAGCAAUGUUUGUGCACGUUGAGACAUGUGCUUUCUAUUUCUCAGCAGGAUAUUUUAUCUCUGUACAUAAAGUGGAAACCAAAAGGUAGGGAAACAGAAAGUCUUGACACCAUCAUGCCACACAUUGUUUUUAAGGCAUUGUGUUAAAAAAAGUUCACUAAAACCAGGACGCUGUGCUUUUGUUUUUUUAAGUUGCAAUAUAUAUAUAUAUUUUUUUCAUUUAAUCACUGCAGUUAAACGAAAUGGAAAUUAGUUGUGUUAAUCUUGCAGAAUAUUUGCAGGACUGACUAUCAUACUGGAUGAUUUCCGUUUAUACACCACUGUGUCAGUUCAAGCAUCAAAAUACCUUGCAUCUAAGGCAGACUUCCUACAUCAGGGACAGGUAUCUGUGUGUCAUUAUACAAAACAGUUCUAGGGGGUUGAUCUACAUAGUAAAAAAAUAAAAUAAAUAGUACUUACUGUAAAAUAAUUUUAUAAAUUAUCUUUUGUACUUUAGGACAUUAAAUUAUAAAACUUUUGUAUAUAUAAAAGCUUAGGAACUUUCUGUUUAGCAGGAAGGCAACACAUUCCUACACUUUUAAUGUAUAUGUUUGUUAUAAUGUCCAUGUAAACAUGCCCUAUGUUUGUGCCUUUUAAUUAGUUUGUCUCAAUAAACAAUGUAGAGAAAAAUA